GUACUGAUCGGAAAUUGCUAAAUAAGACGGCGAAAGAAACUCCGGUGUCUUCGUCCAUGACCUCCGACUGUAAACUGUUGUACGCUUGACUUCGGAUACACUAUGCCUUUAAGCUGUUAAGAAAUCUCGUAUAUAGACAAGGGACUAUGACGUUUGGCAAUGAUGAAACAGCAGUAAAAGUUGUUUGCAGCAUGUUAUAGAGGAGCUUGAAAAAGAAAAUGUUGUGAAAGAUUUUGCAAAUAUAACUUCGCCUGCUGGAAGUCGUUUCUUAUGAGUCUCUUCAGAUUGUCCAAGUCCAUCAUUUCUAGUCUUCCAUCAGGAUCCUGCCAAAAAUCUGAAAUUUCAGAGCGGUGUAGUUCAGAGAGGGAAAGAGUGUGGGAUCUACACAUUCUGUGAGAAAAAAAAGACAGUCUUCACUGAUUAUGGUUAUUAGUUAGACUGUGUCCGGAUUCAAGUGCCAUCUGGAGGUCUCUCCCUGUGAGUGAAAUCUAGAGACAGAGGAGGCAACAAGUGAAAUGUUUCAGGAUGGGUAUAGAUCCUCAGGAAGUGGCGGAGGACUAUCGACAACUGCUGUAUCAAACGGUGGAUGGAGAAUCCGUGGUUUUUUGCGCGGUUGGCAGAUCCAGAAUACCUUAUUUAACAUCAAGAUCAUGAUUCUCUGCGGCUUCGUGACCAUUCUCAUCCUACUUGGCACAAUCAGUAUUGGGAACUUUGGAAGCUCCAACGCCGACUCUGUUAAUCAGAGUUUCAUCAAGGAAACCAUUCCGAUUCUUGCGGAGAUCCCAUCUGAUUCGCAUUCGACGGACUUGGCUGAGCCGCCUAAAGCUGAGGUUAGUCCCAAUGCGACGUACUUGAAUGAGCCGCCUAAAGCUGAGGUUAGUUCCAAUGCGGCGUACACUCUAGGGCCCAGAAUCACCAACUGGGAUAGUCAACGCAAGGUAUGGCUGAAUCAGAACCCUGAGUUUCCUAGUAUUGUCAAUGGCAAAGCUCGAAUAUUGCUUCUCACUGGGUCUUCCCCGGGACCCUGCGAUAAACCAAUUGGAGACUAUUAUCUAUUGAAGUCCGUGAAGAACAAGAUUGAUUAUUGUAGACUCCACGGGAUAGAGAUUGUGUAUAACAUGGCGCAUUUGGAUGAGGAACUCUCAGGGUAUUGGACGAAAUUACCUAUGAUUAGGACAUUAAUGCUUUCUCAUCCAGAAGUAGAAUGGAUUUGGUGGAUGGAUAGUGAUGCUUUGUUCACUGAUAUACUGUUUGAGAUCCCGUUACCUCGGUAUGAAAAUCAUAAUCUGGUGAUACACGGUUAUCCGGACUUGCUGUUCAACCAAAAGUCUUGGGUUGCAUUAAACACGGGUAUCUUUCUGUUGAGAAAUUGUCAGUGGUCAUUAGAUUUAUUAGAUGCAUGGGCCCCAAUGGGACCAAAAGGGACGAUCCGUGACGAAGCUGGGAAGAUACUGACAGCUUAUCUGAAAGGCAGGCCAGCAUUUGAGGCUGAUGAUCAAUCGGCGUUGAUAUAUCUCUUGCUUUCGCAGAAGGAUAAAUGGAUAGAGAAAGUUUAUGUGGAGAAUCAAUACUACUUGCACGGGUUUUGGGAAGGUUUGGUUGAUAGGUAUGAAGAGAUGAUAGAAAAGUAUCAUCCAGGAUUGGGAGAUGAGAGAUGGCCCUUUGUGACACAUUUUGUGGGGUGCAAACCGUGUGGCAGGUAUGCUGAUUAUGCAGUGGAUAGAUGCUUCAAGAGCAUGGAGAGGGCUUUUAAUUUUGCAGAUAAUCAAGUGCUUAAGCUGUAUGGGUUUAGCCACAGGGGAUUGUUGAGCCCCAAGAUUAAGAGGAUCAGAAACGAGACAGUUUCUCCUUUGGAGGCAGUAGACGAGUUUGAUAUUCGAAGAAUGCGCGUGGAAACCAAACCAUAGAGCUAGGAAAAUCAAUGAGCGAAGGGAAUCGCAGCUUGGAAAGAUUACGAGAAACAUAUAGGAGAUAUACAAAAUACUAACAAACAUAAUGCAAUUUGUUUGCCUAUAGCUGCACUUGUUCCUUGUGCUUCAUUUGUCUGUUGUUGUUGAAGAGAAGUUUUAGCUGUCAAAUUCUUUCCAUAGAUGGUCAAUAUAUGGAGAAAUUUGAUUCUGCAGUUUUAUUUUGUUUUAUCUUCACAAUUUUCCUUUAAGGUUAUUAAAUAAUAUGUUUGCACAAAA